CUAUUAUUGACUGAGCAUCAAACACCAAACGCAGGGAUGCUGUCUCUUACGCUAACCGCUGACUUGGUCGGCGUGAAUGAGCUUCAACCAAACGAUACGCCUGAGAAUCCCUUCUGGUAUACCUUCAAAGUCCAGUGCACAUCUUGCCGCGAGAUACAUCCAAAUCCCGUGAGCGUCAGCCGCUUUGAAGCCAAUGACAUGAGCGGCAGCAGAGGAGAAGCCAAUUUUGUAUGGAAGUGCAAGUCCUGCAAGAGGGAAUCGUCCGCAACUAUCAAAUCACCGCCUGUUCCAUACCAACAGUCUUCCCCGCCAACCCGUCAAAAGAUUCUCGAAUUUGACUGCCGUGGCCUGGAGUUUACUGAAUUUAGCCCAGAGGGGGAGUGGCUUGCGACUGGUACCGAGUCCGGCAGUAAAUUUGCAGGAAUUGACCUGACUGAGGGUGAGUGGUUUGACUACGACGAAAAGGCAGGCGAGGAGGUCAGUAUCAAGGAUUUGAAAUGGGAGAUCAGACGAAAUUGAGGCUCCUUUCACGGCAUCUUCUUUCACCUCUAAAUUUGAGCGCAUUAUGAUGAUGAAAAAUUUGACCCUUCAAUUGACCAAUAACCUCUCG